GCCGUGGCCGAGCGCGCGCGGGGCCGCGUCCAGGAGACGGAAACCCCGAACGUUCGCGCGCGUUCUGAAGCCACACACGGGCUCGAGCUGGGGCCGCGGGCGCACGGGGGUGCCGGAGAGCCGCCAGCCCUGCCCGCCGCCCAGAGGGGGGUCGAGGCCUCGCACCGCCGGGCGGCCCUGCGCACGCACGCGGUCUGCGUCCGAGCGAGCGAGCCGGGGCGCGUUUCGGGGACCGGGGUCCCUCGCGGGCCCUGCUCCCCGGUGAGCGGGCCUGGCUGCCCCUAAGGUCCACCGUGGGCACGGGCUCGGAGGUGUCCCCUUCUCCCUCCCAUGCACGGCCUGGGGAAGAAGGGCUCUGGGCCCCUUGGAGCGUGAAGGCCUGAAUUUCGGCCAGGAUUCCCUUCCUUCCCCAAGAGCCCGGUGGUGCCUCGGUAGCUUCAGGAAUUUAGGAAACUGCUAGAAAUUAGAAUCCUAGAGGCUAGUCGGAUGACCACUCGGCUUGACUAGCACCUUAAUUAGCCACGAGGGCUCCAAAAGAGCCCGGCCGCGUGGCAACUUGAAACAUCGAUCGAUGGAUGGUCAGUUUUCGAAGACUCCUUCCAGUAGGGGCCCACGGUCACGCGGGUUGAUUAUUAAGCGGAAGAGGAACUUAUGGCGAAUUGUCAUUACAAAAUAAAUGCUGUUUUAGCUUUUCUAGGGGCACUGUUAACUUGGCGACCUACCACAAUGAAAACGGGGAGGAGCCAAGAGGAUAUGGUAACUGGCAUGCUUCCUAGGCGCAAGAGCUCCAAAGAAUGGUUGGAACCACAGUCGCUCUCUUUUAUGGAGGCUUUAGCUAAAGAAGAUACUGAUGCAGCUGUUCAGUCAAUAUUAUAUAGAGAAAAUUAUGUAAUGAAGGAACUAGAUAAGUAUUUAUAUCAUCAUGACUUCUUAAAUGCAAGAAGAAAAGAGAUGUUGUAUAAAAAAUGGGUUGAGUGUGUGGCAGAUCCUCUACAGAAGAAAAUUAUAGAAAAAGUUUGUUCACAUAAGAAGAUUAAAAAGAGGAGACGACAAGAAUUAGACAGUUUUUUGAGACAUGUAAAUAAGAAGGGAAAUGCAUUUAUAGAGCAUUAUGAUCCAAAAGAAUAUGAUCCUUUUUAUAUGAGCAAAGAGGACCCCAAUUUUCUAAAGGUUGUCAUGCCGCCAUUCCGUGACCCUCUGAAAAAAGCCCAGUAUGACAAGGACAAUGACAAGAAGACUCUCCUCCAGUGUGAGACCGGCAAAAUCUAUACAAUGAAAGAAUUUAAAGAGAUCGAGAAGGCCCAGUUGCAUUCCAGGUUCCCGAGUAUUUCUAAUUCAAGGCAAUGUAUGACUCCAAACGAAUGGCUUAAAGUGCCCAUGAGAUACAUAGAAAGUGAAUUUUGUAAAAGGAGCAGGGUCAAAAUGAAGGUGAAUUUUAAUGCUAGUACUUUCGAUUUGACUCCCCUGAAGAGGGUGCCUAAUUUUCUGGAUUGCCGGGAGGAGGAGAAGACCGUCAGUUACAAAAACAAAGGGCUCUCCCCUCUGGACAGUGAAGCUCCGUGUCUCCAGGAGGGAAAGGACCCAAGUUCCCAAGGGAUCAGUUCUGAAGGUCAUCAUUCUUCUGCAGACCUCUGCCAGGAGGUGGAAAGGGAUGAGGUCCAGGACGCGGUGAGAAUUAACCCGGACGACGCGGUGAGAGCCGGGACAGUCAGCCCCAUUUGGGACACCCAGGGCAGCCCUUGCUGACACCCAGGGCUAAGCAGGUUACGACAACCACACAUCCUGAUUCCUGAUCUGUGCAAGGACCCACAAAAAAAGACUGCUUUAGACGAAGUUACCUGCUGGCUGGAAUCCUUCUGAAAUGAAGGAAGACAUUUAGGAAUCAUUUUGUUCUUCUCUGAAAUAAACUUCUUUUAAUUUAGAA